AUGCAACCGAGGUGCUUUCGCGGGAGCUGCGAUCCAUAUUCAGAAGUGAGGGUAUCCGGAACACUACAACCGCUACUUUGGUGUCGCGGCGGGGAACGUACUCGUUGCCGGUCGCACUGGGUGCCGAUCGGCAAACCCUGGAGCGCGGAUAGGGCACUGGGCUUCGUCGGCAGCUGCGUCCAGUGUUUCCAGGUCGUUGAUGCUUGGUACGGCACCUAUCGAAGAAGCAGCUGGGCACCAGUAGACGCCAAGCUAGGACCUAAGCCCUGCGUCAAGGCUGUGCACCGAGUGAGGCGGCUUCAGGUGCGGCGCGGCGGUUUCUCAACUUGGCGAGAUUGUGACGUAGAGCCCAACGCGAAUCGAGCAAGAGUGCACGCUGAUCCUCCAGCACAAACCCUGGAUGCAAGUGAAAGCGAGUCGACCUGGGGUCACGCUCUGUGGAUGCUGCGCUCUCAGCUCUUUCGCGCUCGUGUUCGAUUGCUGGGUCGCUAUGUUUCGGCUUCGUGGCUCGCAGCGUAUGUACUUCUUUUUAUCUGGCUUGUUUCACCGCACUUUCCUGCAGCACUACGACUUGAGCGCCCCGUCCAACUGGGUAUCCUGUUGCUACUCAUCGCCGACGUUGCCUGGGGCCUCGGAUGGCUCUUCCGCGGCGGCGGCUCGAAGCCGUACGAGCCGCUCGUACAACCCAGCGAACUGGACUGGAAGUGCACGCUUGGCGAGUACUUUCCAGCGAGGUCGCGAGCACAGCAUGGUUUCUCGCUCGCAUUCUGGUGGUUCACCCAGACAAUCAAUAAUGGUGCGCUCUGGCUGUUAUGUGCGCUCAAUGCAAUGAGCUGGGCAGGGGCUCCCAUCGCGAGCCAACUGGCAGAGAAAAUCGCAUCCGAUGGGGUUGCGGGGUCCAGGUACGGCGGAGCGCUGCCUCAGCUUGUACAAGUGCUAGCUUGGCACGGCAUGUCUGCGUCUGUGUUGACGCUAACGUUUGCGUCGCUAGCUCUUGUGCUUUUGACGGCGCUCUUAGUGCAUCCUACGACACGAUACGGCACCAGUACGGGCGUCGUUAGCAGAGCCGCCUUUGGUCAUCGGGGCGGCAGGUUGAUAUUCUGCUGCACGCGAAUUAUGAUAGCGGUGCUGAUCUACAGCAUCACUUCAGCGUUUGGAGCCGCAUGUCUUGCAGAAGCGUUUGCUGGGAUGAGCCCGUUGUUGACGGCGCUCGCACGGCAUUGUCCUCCCUGGCUUUCGACGGUGCGCGUAGAACCAGCGAUUGCUCGGUCAACGGGGAAACUGGUCUUCUAUGUGUUGCAGCUUGUGCUGCUGAGCCAGAGCGGGCCACUCGCCAGGCAACAGACGUUGAUGACACUGACGCCGUAUUCGGAAGAGCCGCCCUUGUGGGGGCUUUUUCGAUUGACCCCACAACAGGAUGCGCGUUCAGCGCAAACGACUCUCAGUGUGCCGCGUUAUGCUAGAAACGUUGGCAGGGCAGUUAUCUUGAGCCGCACGGUUGCACCUGUGCUGUGGCUAUCUGGGUCUUUCAUAGCCGCGUCGGGCCUAGUGCCGGGCUUGGUCGCAUCGUUACCGGCGACCGGAUGGAAUCGUUCUGUCUGGAGUGGUGUAUUGGAACGAGCAGCUGCCUAUGGCGUCUUCGAUCCCUCGAUGAUGCUUCCGCUUACUUGUCUCGUGGGGAGCGCACUAGCCUUGCCCAUUGUGACGUAUGGCGAUGUUGCAAAGGGAGCCAAGGACCAGACACACCAACUGAUGGGCGUGGCGCUGGGCGUUGUUCCAACGAUCUUUGCGAUGAGCUAUCUGAGUCAGUUGUUCUGGGGCGCUUCAACACUUGACUCUCUGGAGCGGCUGUUCGCCCCGUCCACGCUCAUUGCGGACGCUUUUGCCUGGACGCGGCCCGCUGCAGCGCUGUGCUUUGCUGGAGCCGUGCUUCUCUCGAACAAUGCCGUGCAUCUAAUGCCAGCACGCCGGUCGCUCGAGAAGUUCUUUGGUCACGGGUUGCUCACGCGGGCAAUCACCGCAGUGCUUGCCAUUGGGGCCACGUCGCUGGCCGCGAGCUCGCUCGGUGUCACGCUCUUUUUGGGUGCCACGGGUCUGCGACGGAUUGUGCUGCCAGUGAUGGGCGCUUUAGCGGGAACGCUGACGGGGAUCAUUCUCGCGGACUAUUUCCUGCUGCGGCGCACCAGUUUGCGCUUUCUGGAUCUCUACCGCGAAUGGAAUUCAACGUACUGGUAUGAUAUCCGGGGAAAGGGCGAAAAUGAGGUCGCCUACUUCGCGUAUAAGCUCACGCUAGGGAUCGCGGCGAUAGGUCUUACUCAGUUUCUAGGGGCGCAGCUUCUCAGCACGAUGCUCGAUCACCUUGCUCAGGUUCAUGCUUUUUUCCUCAGGUGGUUUUCGGCAGCGAUUGCUUAUUCGAUAACUCGUUUCUUACAGCGCCUCGCGAGCAUGUUGCUUCGUAGGCAACUAUCAUGGGUAGAUGCGGCUUGGAGGUGCGCUUUUCUUUUCAGCUUCGUGUUUUCCGGGGGAUGCUACUACCUUAUUUGUUUCAUGCAGCGCCGAUGGCACAUCCCAUUCGCGGCGCUCUUGCGCAUUAUUUUUCUGGGAAGCCCGUUCCCAUACCAUGAGAAUGAUUCGACAGAGCGCACAGGAAAAAGCGCAAAACGCCUUCCUGCUGAAUGA